AUGACAGAUACCAUAGGAGUCACCGGUGGUUGCAAUGCCAUCUGCGGCUGCCCUGUGCCCUGUCCUGGCGGGAAUGCUUGCAGGUGCAGAACAGCCGAUACGACGAAGACAGCCGGAGACGGACACAACAAGUGCUCGUGCGGUGAGCAUUGCGGCUGCAAUCCAUGCACCUGCCAGAAGGCUGGUGUGAGCACUGGGGUUGGCAAAGCCCACUGCAAGUGCGGUGCUGGCUGCAGCUGUCCAACCUGUACUGCUUAAGAGAAAGCAAAAAGAGGCGUGCCGAGUGGGGUGAAAGGAAGCUGUUCAAAUUCUGAUCAAGAUCUUUCUUUCUAUCCUUCUAUUAGGGCAUAGAAAUUAGAAAGAACUACUUUAUUCUACUGUCGUGUGAGGAUCCAUACUGCUGUUUCUAGACUUCUAUAGUCUUACCUUCAAUAAAACAGAAACUCCUGUUUCCUUGUUUGCUUGAAUAUUUGGAUUUGGUU